AUGGCCCCAAUCAAAAGACUGGUUUCCAACGGCGUUGUGCCUUCGCCAAAGCGCCCCGCUAGAGGAGAGCCCAUAGAGAUGGACCUGGAGUCAGACUGCAAUGGGGCCUCUGGCUCCUUGAACAACAACCAGUGGCAAGGCACCAUCACAGAAGUUAUCAAGUCUGUCGUGUCGAUUCACUUCACAAAUAUUACUAAUUUCGAUACCGAGCUUUGUCUCACGAGUGAGGCUACUGGAUUUGUUGUGGACUCUACCAGAGGUAUCAUCCUCACAAACCGACACGUUGUCGGUCCUGGUCCAUUCUCUGGUUAUGCUGUUUUUGACAAUCACGAAGAAGCGGUUGUCAAACCUCUUUACAGAGACCCUAUCCAUGACUUUGGUUUCUUGCAGUUCGAUCCCAAGGCUGUGAUGCACAUGAAGAUUCACGAAUUGGAACUCAGGCCGGACUUAGCCAAGGUCGGUACCGAAGUCAGAGUCGUGGGUAACGAUGCCGGUGAGAAGUUGUCUAUCUUGGCAGGUUUCAUCUCCAGAACAGACAGAAAUGCCCCAUACUACGGUGCAUUGACCUACAAUGAUUUCAACACGGAGUAUAUCCAGGCUGCUGCUUCCGCAUCUGGUGGUUCCUCGGGCUCGCCUGUGGUAAACGAAGACGGUCAAGCUGUGGCUUUGCAAGCCGGUGGUUCUACAGAGGCAUCCACAGAUUUUUUCCUCCCAGUCUCGCGUCCAUUGCGUGCUUUACAGUGUAUUCAGCAAGAUCAGCCCAUCACCAGAGGUGACAUUCAGGUCGAGUGGGUCUUACGUCCCUUCGAAGAAUGUCGCAGAUUGGGUUUGACGCCUGAUGCCGAGGCCCAAGCCAGAGAGCGUUUCCCAGACAGACUGGGUCUUUUGGUGGCUGAGAUUGUGCUUCCUGAGGGCCCUGCUGACAAUAUCAUCAAGGAGGGUGACACCCUUAUCUCCAUCAAUGGCGAGUUCAUUGCCAGCUUUAUCAAAGUCGACGAGAUCUUGGACGCCAACGUCGGUAAGGACCUUGAAUUCGUGUUCCAAAGAGGCGGCAAAGAAUUCAGACAAAACAUCAACAUCGGUGAUUUGCACGCAAUCACCCUAGCAGAUACGUCGAGGUGCUACUGCAUUCCUGUUAGAGGUGUCUUUAUCAGUGAUGCCUCGGGUACCUUCAAUGUCUCUCCAACUGAGAAAACUGGAUGGAUUUUGGACAAGAUAGAUGAGCAGCCAACGCCGGAUCUCGACACUUUCAUCAAGGUGAUGAAGGAACUCCCAGAUCAGCAGAAAGUCACCAUUGCCUACCGUCACAUGUCCGAUUUGCAUACCAAGAACGUCCAUGUUGUUUACAUUGAGAGACACUGGCAAACGGAAUUCAGAUUGGCCACCAGAAACGACAAGACUGGUCUUUGGGAUUUUGAAUCUUUACAGAAAGAGCCCCUCCCACCCCAGGAGAUCACUCCUCAGAAUGCCAAGUUUAUCGACAUUCCCUUUUCCGACGACCGUAAACAAGGCUGCUCUCAGAUGACCAGAUCUUUCGUCCAGGUGAGAACGAUAUCUCCUAUUUCUGUUGACGGCACUUCGUUGAGAAAGGAUGCUGGUCAUGGUGUCGUCGUGGAUGCCGAGAAUGGAUACGUCUUGGUAUCUCGUAAGUUUGUGCCCAAUGAUGUUCUUGACGUCUACUUGAUCUUUGCCGAGUCUGUCGAUAUACCCGGUAAAGUCGUUUUCUUGCAUCCUAACCUCAAUUAUGCGUUGGUCAAGUACGACGCUUCCAAGGUCCUUGCCGAUGUCAAGACACCAAAAUUCUCCGACAAGCCUCUCAAGAGAGGUGACAAAUCAUUAUUUGUUGGCUACAACUACCACUUCCGUAUGGUUACAGACGAUGUUACCGUCAGCUCCAUCUCCUCCCUCAAUAUUUGUGCCAACCCAACGAGCCCUCGUUACAGAGGUAUCAACCUUGAGUGUAUUUUGCUUGACAGCAAGAUUGCACAGGAGUGUGAUACUGGCGCCCUUAUAGACGACGAUGGAACGUUGCGUGCAUUUUGGUUGACCUACUUGGGUGAACAGACUGAGGGAAUUGCCGAUGUCAUGUUCCGUAUGGCUUUGGAUGUCACCGAUGUUGCCCAAAUCCUCAAUGGCUUGAAGAAUAACGAGAUUCCACAGCACUUGCGCAUAUUGGACGCCGAGCUCACGCCGCUUACGGUGUUCCUGGGACGUACUCGUGGUGUGCCUCAGGAAUGGAUCACCCGUUUCGAGGAAGAGUGUGAAGAUGAGGUCAAAUUCUUGUCGGUCUACAGAGUCAGUGCACCAUCUGAUGAGAGUCGCCCUUGCCCACUCGAGACCUCAGAUAUCAUCCUCACAGUGAACGAUAAGCUUGUGAAGAGCGCCAGAGAUCUCAGUGACAUGUACACCAACGAGAUACUCAAUUUCAAGGUGGUUCGUCACAAGAAGGUCCAGGACAUUGCUGUUCCUACUAUCGACACCAACGCCAUAAAUACCGAUAGAGUAUUCUUCUGGUGUGGUGCAGUUAUUCAAGAACCUCACCAUGCUGUUCGUCAGCUCAUGGAGACCAUUCCAUCCAAGAUCUACGUUGCUAGAAAGCAUGCUGGUGGCCCUAUGGCCCAAUAUGGAAUCUCGACCAGUGUCUUCAUCACUCACGUGAACGACCAAGAGACGAAGGACUUGGAGAGUUUCGUCAAGCUUGUCACGGCAAUCCCAGAUAAUACCUACGUGAAAUUGCGUCUAGUAUCGUUUGACCAUGUUCCUGGCGCGGUGUCUAUCAAGACGAACUACCACUACUUCCCAACCCAGGAAAUCAGAAAAGACAUCGAGUCCGGAGAAUGGAAAGAUGUCGAGCACAAAUAG